UUUUGAAGAUCGUCCCGUAUUUUUGUAGUUGGAGAUUAUAUAUAAUUCCCUUGAAAGUAGUAGCCCACAACUUUUUCAUCUAGGAAGUCAUGAAAGCCCCGCACGACUCCAUAGCCCCACCUUCACCUUUUUAUGGCUAAUCCACGGCUUUCAUCUCACGACCAUGAAAAUGGAAAAGUGUCCUUAAUAUAUCGAAUAACCCCCCGUCCGCGCCGCCGUCCCCGUGGACUUCGGCCGUGAGAAAAUAAAUUGUCGGACUGUAUUUUGAACAUUAUCCGAACAUGUUUUUCGCGAAUUCUCGGUUCCGCUUCCGGAUCCUGGUCCGGUCCAUCACGAUCAGCUCUGGGCUCUAUCUGGUCUGGUUUAUCAUCCAGGUCUAUGCAUUGCAAAAGCAUCGUUUUUUACUAGUAUAAAUUGCAUGACAAAUUUGUUCAGAAACAAGAAUGCAGUGUGUAAUGCUGUUUUUGCUCAAGCCACAGAUCUGUCAUGCAUAACUGCAAUUACUACGAGUUUUCGAUGUUUUUGCACAGGAUAAGGUCUACGUCGGCGGCCAGGAGGCGGUCAAGGAAAUCUCGUCCCGGUUGCAACUGGUCACCACACACUAUCCUGUGUAAAAACGUACCCGCACCAGAGUCAGGAUGAGGAUUUUGCAACACAAACCUAGGAGUUUUGUGAGUCACGCAUGACAAGUUGCACUAUGCAGUGUAGUGCAGGUUAGCUAGUGCAGCCGCAUCACAGAUUGAUCUGCUCAUCCUGUUCACAGCAUCCCUAUGCCGCUCCGGCCCCUGCGGAGGCUUGCCUCUCCAGCUACGCCGGACAAUGGCAAUGUCGGCGCGGUUGUUUUAGCAUCACAAAUUCCAAAACACGACUGGAGAUGGCUCUCAUGGGGAUGCGCGUUGCAAGUCGUCCUGUCUUUGCAAAUCUGCAUUACAACUCUGGUGUAUGUUUUUCGCUGUCCGCCUGACCUACCCCCCCUGCGUGUCAAGCCAUCUGCGGCCUGGGGCAGAGGGGGGGGCAAAGUGUGCUGCAAUUCCUUUAGCAUUACAACUCUGGUGUGGGUACGUUUUUACUCAGGAUACACACUUGACGGAGUUCACGAACAAGCAGUACGUAGCUGUCCUCGCGUUCUAUCAAAUACAAAUAUGUCUGGGUCUGGAAACUUGUAAUGCUAAAAGUGAAUCAUGAUAGACGUACUGCAAUACGCAGCUAUGCAUAACAAAUUUUUUGGCUGCCAUGUCUUACGUAUUCCGCAUGGCAAACUGCGUUUUUGCGUGACAGGUAAGAGAGCCUUUUCGUGCCUAUGCAACACAGAUUCUCGAGUCAUGCCAGACAAGCAUGACAAACUUGCAUCCUUCCAGACCCAGACAUUUUUGCAUUUGAUACUUUCACCGAGCUAGCCAAAGCGCUCUCGAAGCUCCUGCUCCCCUUCGUGUUCGAUCUGGUCUUGGUCGGGACCAAGAUCUGGACGGAAUUGCUUCCCCGGGAGGUAUAUGAACUGCAAAAGUAUCGUACUCGUAUAAAUGCAUUACAAAUUUCCUCAGCGUGAGAGAUAAAAUUUGCAAUGCGGGUUGACCUUAAGAAAAGGACUUGUAAUGCAUGAUUGCAAUACGAGUACUUUUGCACAGGAUAAGGUAAAAUACGCCUCGAUCAUCGGCUCCGUGGUGCUCUACGCGCUGUACAGCUUCCGCUGGGCCUAUGCAAGGAAAAAACUGUGCAAGUGUAAGUUUGUGUUGCGGAUGUAUGUAAAACAAUCACUACUUGUCAUGCUGGGUGUGCGUCACAAGCUCAGACCUUACGUGUUUUCAACACGUACUAAGUGCGCAUGACAGAUUUUUUCUGUCAUGCAAAGCGAAUUUGUGAUGCUACUCAUCCUACAAAGUUACACUUACUCACUUUUUUUCCUGGAUAGGGCCCGGCACGUGGCGUUUCUGCCGACCGCCGUCGGGUUGUACGUGUUGUCUGAGCAGAUGCAGCUCUAUAACCCGCUCAGGUGUUACAAUCUCAAGCGUUACAAUAGAGUAUGGAAAUCUGUGAUGCAAGACUACAUGAUCUAGCCAACUCUCAUAGGAUUGCGCAUGACAAGUUCCGGAGCCUCAAACCCAAGUACAAACUGGCGAAAUUUGUAUUGCAGAAAGUGAAACGCUCUUCGAGUCUGUCAUGCUCAGCAUGCAAGACAAAUUGUCACGUUUGAGAUUGUAACACCUGAGCGGGUUAUAAGCUCCAAGACGACUUUCUGAUUCAGUAUUUGAUCCCCUGUCUUUCCGUCUACUACCCGGUGCUCGAGUCCUUUAGCAAAGUGAAAAAAGCCCCCACCCCAGAUUCAAAACACGAUUUGUGUUGCUGGAUUUGUGUACACACAUGAGUUUUGUAUUGCAGCAAGAGCUUGUCUGUAUAUUCUAAGCCCAUUUGGGUACGCACCUGGCUAGCAGCUGAGCACGAGAAACAAGUCUCACAUAGGGUAGGCGAAAACGCAUGACAGACUCGCUGCGCAAUGCGCUAUAUGGAUGCCUUUUGCCUCGUACGCAAGACAAAGCCGAUUUUUGGUCACAAAUCAGCAUCACAAAUUUCCUUUUCGAUAUGGGGAGGGGGGAUCUUUCCUUACGAUGUCCGUACGCGCCUUCACGAGCAAGAGGAAUUCCCUCUGCGCGGCCUGGCUGCACUACUGGAGUCUGUGUCCCCUGACCGUGUUCGGAAUCGCAACAUGGCGCCAGCAUCUCAUCAAGCACCUGCAGCAAAUAACAGUGGGGACAGCUGCCGAGAGGGCGUCGAGGAGCGGGUCAGCAGUCAGUCCUACCAUUGGGUCCUCGUCGUCGUCGCAAACGCUGCUCCACCAGUCGCUGAAGCCGAUAACGCUGAUUCUAAUCUACCUGGUCUUCUGGCAGGGGUCCGACUACGCGUUUUACCUCUUGCAGGACUUGCUGAAGAGGGUCAGCGGGCUACUGCUCCGGUUCGAUCUCUUUAAGUGGAUCAAAUAUGCAUUGCAGAAGUAGAUGAUCGUACUAGUGGUUCUAUUGCAUUGCAAGUUUUUCUUUUUGAUGAAAAUGAAAGAGCAAAUAAUGACUCGGAACCUGGAAGAGAAUUCGUAAGCUCUUGGAACGCAGCACAUAGAAAAGACACUUGUGUUGAAAGAUAUCCUGUAUUAUUAUGGCAAUGAUUUCUUCAUCUGCGAGUACGAUGUUUUAUUUCCGCAGCAUAGCAAACGAAAGGUCGCGCUAGUCGUGUCGAAGCUGUACGCUUUCGUCUCCAGUAGAACCGCCGUCCCGGCGGAAGAAAAAACGCUGCAGAUGAAACUGGUAGAGAAGCUGGCCACGAGCAGUUCCUCGCUGGGCGAAAACAAUAUCAAAAGCAAAAAUCUUUCCUCCCCAUAUCAAAACGGAGAUUUGUGUAGCAUGAUUUGUGACCACGUAUCACGUUGUCAUGCUAGAAGGGAAGAGAUGCGCACUGCAGUACUGGCUGGUGUCUGAAAGCCUUGCGCCUUCAGUAUGACAGGAAGCAACUGGAAGCGGAAAACAGCAUGACAGACUACCGGCAAGCGAGGCCGCAACUGCGUCUCUUGGCCUUCAGCAAUACAACUCGAUGUGUGUACUCCAGUACAGCAUCACAAAUUUCCUUUUCGAUGUGGGGAGGUAGGGGGGUUUGUCCUCACGAUAGUCAAUCAGCAAAAUUCAUCGUCUUCCGCCAGCACCACGGGGAGCGACGGAGGAGCCCCUGUAUCGAGUGCAAAUAUGUCUGGGUCUGGAAACUUGUGAUGCAAACCAGGGAAUACUGGGCGCACUGGCAUACGUGGCCAAGCAUGACACGUGUUUGAGCUGCUAUGUGUAGCGUAUUCUGCAUAGCAGAUUGCGCUUUUGCAUCAUAGACAAAGCGAUCUUUUUACACCUACGCAUGACAGAGUUCCGGGUCAUGUCAGACAAGCAUGACAAAUCUGGCAAUCUUCCAGACCCAGACAUAUUUGCAAUGCAUACCCUGGUGGCGCAAACAAUUAUUUUGCAGCAGCUACGGGAGGAACUACAAGCAGAGCAGAGGCAGACGAGCAGAAAGACAACAGAUCACCGAGACGAGAUGAGAACGGAAUAAAUCAAGCAUCAGGAGGUGGAGCUCCUUCCCCCAGUAGCGCGUUUGCGAGUCUGAAAACGAGAAUCUUCCUGAAACUCCUGUCCCUCGGCAGCAACACACUGUGGCUCACCGUGGUAAUUGCGGGGGUGACCUUUUUGGUCAUGUACCGGCUACUAUGCAUUGCAAAUAUGUCUGGGUCUGGAAAAAUGCAACUUGCCAUGCUACCUUUGGAUUCUAGCUAAAAUCUGUAUUGCAUGAACAGCAAAAGAGGUGCAAUUUGUGCUACACGGAGAGGGCAUUUCUCAUGCGGUAUGAGCAUCAGAAAGCCCUCGCAGAAUCUCUGAUGCUAGGGCAUGCACCACAGGCCUCGUGGGUCAUGCAAAAUCUGCAUGACAAACUCCUGCAUUCUUCCAGACCCAGACAUUUUUGCAAUUCAUAGCUACUCUCGUUCGUCUCCAAGUCCAUCGUGUGGGUGUGGUUUCUAUGCAAUAAAAGAAAUUCUUGUUCCCCGUACAACUGCUACGCGACGUACAAAAUGCAUCUGAAAUUUCGCCAUGUCAGAGCAAAUAGAAAUACAAAUACCACUUGUCAUGCUGAGUAGGAUUGAAGGCAGCUAUUUGGCAUGCAGAAAGUGCAUUUGCUUUUUGUACAAAAACUCAUUUGUACGUCGUGUGCGGAACAGAAUUUCCUGUGGAUAGUUUCUCUACGAGCUGUCCUCUACAGCGCAGCAGUCCUCGCACCACCGCGCGGAUCCGAACGUGCGGAAGAAACUUGCGAUGGCACUGCUGUUCCUCUCGGCGGAUUACUUGUUUCGCCAGAAGUGGUUUUUGGUCCCCGCUUUCGUCAUCGACCUGAUUCGCAUACCGCUCUUGGUUAUCAAGUGCAAAAAUGUCUGGGUCUGGAAGAAUACAUCAAACUUGUGAUGCGCAUUUCAGAACACAGAAAGAUCUCUCAUGCAUAGGCAGCAAAAGUUGCCCACUUUCUGUCACCAAAAUCAGGAAUUUGUCAUGCGGAUUCGGCAUUGCGAACGCUUCUCGAAACCUGUGAUGCUAGAGCUUCCAUGCCAGACCCUCUGUGUCAUGCAAAAACAGCAUGACUCUUCCAGAUCCAGACCCACACAUUUUUGCAUUUCAUAUUGGUGGUUUUCAACCUGUUCGGGGAGCAAAUUCUGGAUUUUCUCUUAGCGAGCUGCAUGAGCAGCGCUUUCAUCCAGCGAAACUUGGUAAUCGGCAACAGCCGGCCCACCAGUCCGGGCGACACCGAUAGCAGAGAAGAGGAGGGGGGAGAAGAGGGCGGGGAUGCUGAAACCGACGGUGUAGUAAUAUCGCCGACGUCUUCUACUUUACGGCGAAACAACUUCCGCGAAGAAGACGAUGCAGACAGCACAACUUCCCCAGUCGCGGCCGAGCCAGCAGGUGUCCUCGACGCGGGAAAGGGCAACAUCAACAGCCCCCAGCUGGACUCCCCGGUAGUAGUAGCUUCUGUGCCCAAGAAAGCAGACCAAGCGGCCGAAGGCACAGAGGGGAUCGAGGGUGCGCUAGAGGAGCACCGAGAAGAAGAGACUUCUGUUAUCCUGAGCAAAAACGCUCCCACACCAGAGUCAAGAUGAGGACUUUGCAACACAAACCUAAGAGCCUUGGACGUUACGCAUGACAAGUUGCAUUCCAUAGUGUAGUGCAGCUUAGCAAGUGCAGCCGCACCACAGGUCCAUAUGCUUAUCCUGUUCACAGCAUCACAAAUUCCAAAACACGAUUGGAAAUGGCUACCAUGGGUAUGCGCAUCACAAAUGUCCUCGUCAAUGCAAAUCUGCAUGACAACUCUGGGGUGGGGACGUUUUUCCUUAUGAUAUCUGUCGCCGCGUCAGACCUGCGGCAACGAAGGUGAGGCAAGGGUAGCAGGUAUGAUAUUAACUUCCAGCUGUGAAGGACGAGCAACAUUUAUUAUAGGAUUGCACGUUGAGGACCACGAAAGACGCAAAAUUUUUGCACACUUAGGGCCGAUAAACCUUUGUCGUAAUGAAAAACUUUCCCACCCCCCCAGCUACGACGGCCCACGGCCCAGAGUUCCAAGAACUUGGUUUAAGAAGUCGAGUUUUAAGCAGUCAACUCACAGCGGCAGUGAUGCUAUAGUGUAUCUCUCUGAAGAUGACUCCAUGAGGAU